AAAAACUGAAAACCGAUCAAAUCCAAAAAUUUGCAUAUUUUAUUAAACAGUAUACUGUAGCAACAAUAAGUGGAAAAAUACUUUAUUUUUCUUCCUUUUUUAGUUGGAGUCUGUGGUUUUUUCACGUGAUACUUGGGGGUUGAGGAGUAACAAGUUUCACACCGAGCAGGGGCAGGCUUUUCUUAUCAUUUCAACAAGGGGAAACCACCAUCAAACAUAGACAUUCAAUUCAUCUGUGUUUAGUGGUGUUAUCUGCAGCACGCUACGCUCCAGUCAACAUGACUUCUGUCAGCGGUCUCCAAAAUCUUCUGCCAGCUGUGCUGUUGUGGUUAUUGAAUUUUAAGUCUUGCUUGUCUGAGGAUGGAGAGAAUACAACCUUAAUGACAACCUCCCCAGAUUAUGAAUACGGCAGUGUGGAUUAUGAGAACUUUCCUGUCCCUUGUGACAAAGGAUCCAACCGCGAGUUCCGCCUCUGGUUCAUGUCUACCUUCUACUCCAUCAUCUGCUUCCUGGGGCUGGUGGGGAACCUACUGGUCAUCCUCACGUUCUUCUACUUCAAGCGCCUCAAGACCAUGACAGACGUGUACCUGCUCAACCUCUCCUUUGCAGACCUACUCUUUGCCCUAUCGCUCCCCUUUUGGGCAGCAAACUCCAUGGCAGAAUGGGUGCUGGGUCUAGUGGUGUGCAAAGCCAUGCACGCUAUUUACAAGGUCAGCUUCUACAGCAGCAUGUUUCUGCUCUCUUUCAUCAGCGUGGACCGCUACUUCGCUAUUGCUAAGGCUGUUUCCGCUCACCGCCACCGCUCCCAGGCAAUAUUUUUGAGCAAGGUGUCAUCAGCCAUAAUCUGGGUGAUGGCACUGAUCUUCUCAACACCAGAACUGAAAUACACCACAAUCAAUAACAAGACCUGCACCCCUUACUCUAGCAAUGCUGACAAGCUGCGCAUCAGCAUCCAGACGAGCCAGAUUGUUUUGGCUUUUGCCGUUCCACUCCUGGUCAUGACCUUCUGUUACAGCAGAAUUGUUCAGACACUUUGCCAUGCUCGUAACUUUGAAAGGAAUAAGGCCAUCAAGGUGAUUCUUGCUGUGGUCGCUGUCUUUAUAGUUUGCCAACUGCCUUAUAACGUGGUCCUAUUUUGGAACACACUUGACACAGCAACAGAAAAAACCGUGGACUGUAAAUAUGAGAACAAGCUCCUCUACGCCACUGAUGUCACCCAGUGUGUUGCCUUCCUCAGGUGCUGCCUGAACCCCUUCGUCUAUGCAUUUAUCGGUGUGAAGUUUCGGCAUGACCUCCUGAAGCUACUGAAAGACUGGGGUUGCAUGAGCCACGAAAGGUUCUACAGGUAUACCUGCGGCAGGAGGAGAAGCUCCGGGGCUAACGACACUGAGACCACCACCACAUUCUCUCCAUAAAGCUGUUUCAGUAUGGACCACAGCCUAUUCUGACUGUUGAACAUUAGGAUGAAAGUCUCAAACCCUUACAUGUACAUAGCAGGAGUUCAAAAUAUAUAGAAGUUAUUGUGAUAUGUGAUGUUGUUGCUGUGUUUUGGUUGUUG